AUGGAUGAUAACCAUGACACUAAACUGAUUGAUCUUUCAGACAUUUUAUUAUUGUGCAGCAUUGGCUUAUUAACAUUUGCAUGGUUUAAUCGAAAAUGGAUUACGAGUUUAUUAUUUAAAAAUGAUCAUAAAUCAACUGAUAACAGCACCAAAGCCAAUACAGCUCAAAGGGAAACAAAUUUUGUCAAAGUCAUGAAAGAACAAGGUCGUAGGGUCAUCGUCUUUUAUGGUUCUCAAACAGGUACUGCUGAAAGUUACGCUGGACGUCUUGCAAAGGAAUGCUCUCAACGAUUUAGAGUCAGUGCAAUGACCGCCGAUCUCGAAUUAUAUGAUCUCUCUUAUUUGGACCAAGUGCCAAAAGAUCACUUGGUCAUCUUUGUUCUUGCAACAUAUGGUGAAGGUGAACCAACCGACAAUGCUGUUGACUUUUGGGAUCUCAUCACUGAGGAAGAACCACUGUUUAGUCAAGGGGAGAGUGACCUGUCAAACUUAAAUUACAUUCUGUUUGGCCUUGGUAACAAGACCUACGAACAGUACAACGAAGUCUCCCGUAAAGUACAUUAUCAUCUGUCAAAACUUGGUGCGCAUAUUAUAGGUGAACGUGGAGAAGGCGACGAUGACGGUUCCUUGGAAGAAGACUUUUUAAGUUGGAAAGAAAAAAUGUGGCCCGCGUUUUGUGAAACAUUGGGUGUGGAUGAGAGUCGUUCAGGUCCGAGAGAACCCAUCUAUUGUGUACAAGAACUGGCACAGUAUGAAAAGGAGCAAGUGUAUUUUGGUGAAUUGGCCGAGAAGCCAUCCUCAACUACAAAAAUCACCUAUGAUGCCAAACAUCCCUAUAUUGCGCCUAUCGUAACUACACGUGAACUAUUUCAAGGAACUGAUCGUCAUUGUUUGCAUAUAGAAUUCGAUAUCAGUAAUACCAACUUGAGUUAUCAGACGGGUGACCAUAUUGCAAUUUGGCCAACAAAUAAUGAACAGGAAGUAGAGAGGCUUGCAUCUGUGUUAAACUUAACCGACAAGUUAGAUACGGUUGUCAUGGUUCAAGCCAUUGAUCCAGCCGCUUCAAAAAAGCAUCCUUUCCCUGUUCCGACUACCUAUCGCUCCAUGUUUAGACAUUAUUUGGAAAUUUGUGCCCCUGCCUCUCGUCAAACCCUUCAGACUCUGAUCGAAUACGCGCCUAAUGAAGAAGCCAGAAGGGCUUUAACUCGUUUAGCAAAUGAUAAGGAUGAAUAUAGAAUUAAAGUAGCUGAUGCAUGUCGUAACUUGGGCGAAGUGCUUCAACUAGUGACCAAACAAACCUGGACUUCUGUACCCUUUGAUCUGAUCGUCGAAAACAUAAAUCGUUUGCAGCCAAGAUUCUAUUCUAUUUCCAGUUCAGCAAAAGAAAGCCCUCACAUCGUCUCUGCAACAGUUGUCACUCUUCAGUAUCAUCCUACAUCCACUCCUCAGCGUACGGUGUACGGUGUCUGCACGAACCUCUUAUACAACAUCCAUGCACAACACAAGCCUCGUGAACAAAACAUACCAGCCUAUGACUUGGCUGGUCCUCGUCGCGCUUUUAUAAUUUCAGAAGACUACUGUCAAAGACUGCCUAUUCACAUACGCCAUUCUCAAUUCAAGCUGCCUCGCAACCCAACUAUUCCGAUUAUUAUGGUAGGCCCAGGUACAGGUGUUGCUCCUUUCCGUGGCUUCGUUCAUGAGCGUGCACUGGAGAAACGUAACGGCAAGCCGAUCGGCGCAACUUUACUCUUUUUCGGUUCCCGUAACCAUGAUCAGGACUAUCUUUAUGCCGAUGAGUGGGCAGAGCUCUUUCAGACUUUGGGUGAAGAUUCUGAUAUCUUUACUGCAUUCUCGCGUGACCAGCCUCAGAAGAUCUAUGUUCAACACAGACUCAUGGAACAAGGCCAACGUAUUUGGAAUCUGUUGGCUAAGGGAGCUUAUGUUUAUGUUUGUGGUGAUGCUAAGAAUAUGGCACGUGAUGUGAAUCAAACUUUUAUCAAUUGUGCAGUCGAGUUUGGAGGCAUGACAGAAACCAAGGCGCAUGAGUUUGUGAAAGGUCUAAGAACGGCAGGUCGUUAUCAAGAAGACGUUUGGAGCUAA